GCAGAGGGGCUUCCUCCAACAGUCGUCGACCGGUCGAUCCAAACGAUUCCCCUCCCCAUCCUCCUCGUCGGUGGACCUCGUCUACUCCGCCGACCGCUGCUCCCCGCUGCCCCCUCCCUCGUCGUCGCCGUCAUUCUCCUCCGCAGCUACUGGGGAUCCGGAUCGGCCUCUCGCGGUGCUGGCGUUUCAGUAUAUGAUCUUGCAAUAACCUGGUGGCAGAGUUUGCGGGGUACCCCUUGUUUUGUUACUUUAUCGUGCCAACAAAGGUGUUGGAAAACCUGAAAUUUAAGUUCACGAAAAAACGGUGUCAGAUGGAGAGAACAAUUAAUUCCCUGACAUACAAAGGAUCAAUUCCCGAUGCAAUUAAUGAAUCAAGAAGAGAGAAAAAGCUCUUUGUAGUGUACAUAUCAGGAGAAGAUGAGGCUUCGAGUAGUUUGGAACAGUCAACGCUGGUUGAUGAAAAUGUGGUAGAAAUGAUAGGAAGAUGUUGCAUCUUCUUGCAUCUCGAACAAGGCAAUGUUGAUGCAUCACAGUUUUCAGCUAUCUAUCCCCAGAAGUCUGUGCCAAGUAUAUCUGUGAUUGGACUGAAUGGAGUUAUGCUAUGGAAUCAUGAGGGACAUAUCAGCUCUGAAAAUCUGAAAGAAAGCAUCGAGAAAGCUUGGGGCGCCCUUCAUCUUCAGGAGACAGCAGCAACCUUGUUGACAGCAUCACUUGCUUCAAGAAAUGCUGAAUCUGUGAAUACUACUACUGCUUUGCCUCAACAAGGAGGCUCUUCUACUUCAGAAAAUCCUUCUGUUUCAUCCAGUGCACCAGACAUUUCUGGAGCCAGUGGAGUUGCUGAUUCAGCUGAAUUGGUGUCACAACUACCUAGUAGCACCAACCAUGAUGAACUGAUUGAGAUAAAAGAAAAGAAAGGCAAGGGCUCAAAAUCAGAUUCAGGUGAUAGAAGUUUUGAGAAGCUAGAGUCAGCAUCUACUGAAAUUGAAUGUGAUUUGCCUGUUAGUUCAAUGGGGUCAAACACGGGUAGUUCUAUAGAUCCAAAAGAAGACACUACACCAUCACUAAAAAGAAAGAACAAAGAUGAUGGAAGUCUCGCUGCCGUUCCUAUGGUGGCAGCUCCUAGUACAAUCAUUAGUAGAGGAGUUUCUUCCCAGGUGCUUGUGGAACAAGAUAUCACAACUUCUAGUGCCCCUGUUGAACCUGUUUUUAAUUCUGCGAAAUCAGAUGAUAUUCAGCUUAGCAUUCGUAUGCCCAGUGGAAAUAGACUGGAAAUCGAAUUGACAAAACAAGAUGUUUUAAGGAAAGUGAAGAAUUUUGUGGAUGAAAACAAAGGCAGUGGGCUUGGCUCAUAUGAUCUCUCUCUGGUUUACCCAAAAAGAAUUUUCUCUGAACAAGAUAUGGAAACCACGCUAUGUGAGCUGGGUAUUCAAAACCGUCACGCUAUGAUUGUUGUUCCACAUCGGCGGCCUGUUCAGGUAUCAAGGCUUCAAUCAUCAUCAUCGUCAUCACCUUAUCAUGCUGGUGACAGUUCAGGUGGUGGAGGAUAUUUCGGUUACUUGAGAACCAUCAUGUCUUACGUGAAUCCCCUCUCCUAUUUGGGGGGAAACACCACUACUUCAAGGCAAGAGCAAGAGCCAAAUGAAGGCCCACAGCAGCUUGGCCACCGAUCUGGUCCAUGGAGUGAGCGCCAUCCUCUUCCUGGUAACAGAGGCCAAGAAACGACUGAUGAGAGCUCUGCAAACAUGCUGCGAAGGCGGGCCAGACCAUUUGGUGCCAAUGUCCACACUCUUGGGAGCGAGCAGGGUCCAUCUGAUGAUCGAAAUGUUUUUUGGAACGGGAACUCCACAGAGUUUGGAGGUGAUGACCGGAAAUAAAGUGUGAUACAAGGUAUCAGAAUCGAAGUUGGUGGGGAUACCUGAAACAAAUGCCACGAUAGGGUCACUGAGAACCUGAGGUGUUGAAUAUGGUGGCAAAAUUAACCUCUAGUUGUAAAGCUUACUUCUGUGGAACCUUCAUAAAUAUAUGGUUUACGGUCGGUAGAUCAGUGUACUUCAUUGUAUAGAUAUCCAGAGAUUAAUCCUGAACUGCUUGGUUCUAUUGUUUGAAAAGCAUUUGUUUUAGCCUUUGCUACGAACAAAAUCUGUAGCGAUUAUAACAC